GGAAAACAAAAGCAAAGCACAUACACAUAGACGUUGCUGUUGGUACUGUAUUGGUCAAUGCAAUGACAUCGAGGCGCACAUCAGCGAGGGCGUCCGCCGGUUCGAAGCGCGGACGCAGUAGCAGCGGUAACAGCAGCUACACCGUCAAAAACGACAGUAGUUCACCCGUCACCGCAACGACGGCAUCGACACCCUCUUCGCCUCGUCACCAACGCCGCGACGAUACGCACAACGUCACGGCUGCGAUCCGCACCUCGGAUGCACUGCGGACUCUAAAACAGCAAAAUGCGAAAGCGACCGAGUACUCUCAGCGCAAACUGGUGACUGCUGAGGCGCACGAGUACACGACAGCGUCGAACGAACCAACUCCGCUGUCGGCAGGCGAGGACGACACGGAGGAAGACGCCUUUCAGCGGUUCUCGAACACCUCCACCCACCCAGGUCGAACGCACAAGCGCAGUGACUCGCCGCCAGUACUCUCCCUCAUCCCUCCUCCAUCUCCUCCGCGCGCGAUGGAGGACCGUAGGAACGGUGAUCACCACCUGCGUCCACAUAGACGUGAGUACAUGGCGACGGAGAGUGGCUUCUACGUGAGUGUUUCUCCGCCGGCGACCGUCUCCGCCAGCGCAAGUGUCAGUCCUCCACCUCCACCCCCUUCAUUGCUGUCGGAGCUGCUCUUGGCUGAAGCGGAGCGGGCAGGUGCCGCCGCAGCAGCAGCAGCAGCAACUCAUAUGGAUCCUCUUCACAUUGGUGUUGAAGAUCCCUCGAUGCUGUCUCACAGGCCAGCCUCGUUGCAUGCGCGGGACGGUGUGCCGAGUCCUCCGCUACUUCAUUCCAGCUAUGCGGAUCAGGGGUCGCCCACCCGUUUCGUCUCUCCGUUAAGCAAACCGUCAGACGCACUACGGCCGCUGGCGAUUCAAAUUGGGGUAGUUCCACUGCCCCGCAGCGCACGCACGAGCACGUCCGCGAGCGGCGCCGAAGACGUGCUGCCGUGGAUGAGCGUGUUGCGUGACCGCGCAACAGCAGCAAUAUCUGCCACAGCGUCCGCCGAGGCAGUACACGCACGUCCGGUGCGUAAUACUGGCUCGCACACACCCGCCGAAGCAGGAGUAGAAGGCGACAGCAUUCGGUUUCUGCGUCCGCGACGGCUCCUCACGCGCAGCGAGACCGCAAUGGACACCGCGACGAGCGGCGUGGUCGGCUGGGCUGGGCUGUUGGUGGAGGUUCCACUGUGCCUUCCCGGCUCGCAGCCCUCCUCUUCACGCACGCCGGCGGCGGAGACGGACGAAGUGGUGGCAGGGUGCAGGGGCGAAGGGGACUUCGCGCGAGACGGGCCGAUGUACCUCGCCGCUGCCACCGUGAUGCUGAUGCUGACUUGA